AUGGCGUCGGUGCUAUACAUACUAGACUCGAAAGGGAGUCCCCUCAUCUACCGCAGUUACCGCGGUGAUAUCUCGCAAGACGUCCCGAGCGUCUUCCAGCAUCGCGUCAUUGACGAAGAAGAGGGCCGCGUCACGCCCGUCUUCGAAGAAGAAGGCCACACCUACACCUUCGUGCGCGAAAAUGACGUAUACUUGCUCAUGGUGAGCAACAUCAACUCGUGCCCCCUGCAGCAGGUCGCCUUCCUAUACCGAUGUGUGUCCGUCUUCAAGGCCUAUUUCAAGACAGUGACGCAGGAAACAGUGCGGGACAACUUCGUCAUCAUUUAUGAGCUGCUGGAUGAGAUGUGCGAUUUCGGCUUCCCGCAGUUCACCGAGGAAAAGGCGCUUCGGGAGUACAUCCUGCAAAGCACCUUCCUCACCAAGAUCAUGGGCAGCAAGACGACACUCGCGCAGAGUGAGCUGCCAACGGCGGUGACUGGGGCCGCCGUAUCGACGCCGUGGCGCUUGCCGCGCAACUACAAGUACUCGAACAACCAAGUGUUUCUGGAUGUGAUUGAGCAGGUCGACCUGCUCGCGAACCAAGCCGGCGAGACGCUCUCGAGCGAGAUUGUUGGCACUGUCAAGAUGCAGUGCCGUCUGUCUGGAAUGCCCACCUGCACUGUUGGUGUCAACGACAAGAUCCUCUUUGACCGGACAGGCCGCAGCGGCAGCACGGUGGAGAUGGAGGACAUCACCUUCCACCAGUGUGUGAAACUCAACCAAUUUGAAAGCGAGCGCGUCAUUUCGUUUGUGCCGCCGGACGGCGACUUCACGCUGCUCUCCUACCGGCUCAACGAGCGCAUUCAGCAGCCGGUGAAGUUGCGCUGCAUCUUUACGCACCACGGCACCACACGGGUGAAGGUACACUGCACGCUGCAGACAAAGUACCGCACAAGUCUUACAGCAAACGAGAUGGAGGUUCACAUCCCGAUCCCGUCCGACGCCGACUGCCCGCAGGCGGAAAGUCAGACGGGUCACCUGCAGUACGCACCGCAGGUGAAUGCACUUGUCUGGAAUCUUGGCAAAAUCGGCGGGAACCGGCAGUGCUCAUGCAAUGCGGAGUUUCACCUGCCCAGCGUCCGCAGCAGCGACAUGAAUGACCUCUCGAAGAUGCCGGUGAAGGUGCGGUUUGUCAUUCCGUACUUCGCUGCAUCGGGCUUUCAAGUGCGCUAUGUGAAGGUGGCGGAGAAGUCGAACUACGUAACCACGCCCUGGGUGCGAUACGUCACGCAGAGCGGUGUAUACGAGGUUCGAACAGACUGA